UGAUCUGUUUUUUUAAAUAAAUUUUUUAGACAGCAAUGAGGGGAAUGCGACAUCCUAUGUACCGUCCAAGGCACAUGAUGGGGGGACCACCUCCUCACAUGAUGGGUGGAGGUGGAGGGGCUUGGGGUAUCCGUGCUCCACCUCAGGUGCACCAACCCCCUCCCCCAAGGUACCAUCACACACCUCAAUUCGUACCCCAUCUUCCAUUCGAUCCUGUAUUGUGUGAACCAGUGUUCCCAAGGGUCAAUGAACCGGUGGAUGAAAGCAAUAUGAACGCCAUGUUGCUGAAGCGACACCAAGAUAUAACGCCUACUCCUACUGAACAAGCGAAUCAGUUGGCGUUGAUGCAAAAAGUGCAAUCUGUCCUGGACAAUUUAGUAGUGGCGCCUCCUCAAGGCUGGGAAGUUAUCAUCGAGGAAGUGAGACAAGUUGGAUCCUUCAAAAAAUCGACGAUUUGCGCGGGACAUAACGUAGCUGAUAUGGUAGUGGUGUUAAAAAUACUUCCGACCAUAGAAGCUGUGAAUCAGCUGGGUAGAAAAGUGUGUGAAGAAGUUCAAACAGCUGAUCCAAGAGAUGUAAUUCACAUGCAAAUGAACGAAGGAGGCUGUGAAAUCUCGAAUCCUUCGUGCACUGUGAAUUUAAUGAUCACGACAGGUCCUGCUAAUCUCCGACAACUGGACAAGGAGCUGCAUUUAGACUACAAGCCUAUGGUUCAAGCUAUGGCCUCAAUUCGUCAUACAAGAUGGUUCGAUGAAAACGCUACCCAUUCCUCGAUCAAGGUUCUUGUUCGCCUCCUGAAGGACCUGCGAUCUAGGUUUGUGGGUCUGGAACCGAUGAAUCCCUGGAUCAUUGACUUGAUUGCUCAUUACUGUAUCAUGAAUAACCCAACCCACCAGCCGUUGAGUCUGGCAGCUGCAUAUAAACGUGUGCUUCAAAUUCUUUCAGCAGGCUUCUUUCUUCCCGGAUCUCUGGGUAUGCUGGAUCCAUGCGAAGCUGGAAAUGUCAGGGUCCAUACCGCUAUGACCUUGGAACAACAAGAUCAAGUAUGUUACACUGCGCAGACUUUGCUCAGAGUUUUAGCUCAAGGCGGGAUGAAAAAAGUGAUUGGUAUUGAUCCAGAUACUAGUGUAACUGAGACGCUUUCCGUUUGGAAUCAAAAUGUAGUUGUAUCUCCCUCGGUUAAAGCGUAUGAACCACCACAACCUGUGAACCCAGAAGAGGAAAGUGCGUCAAAAACUGCAGAGGUUAAGAUCGAAAGUUAAGGAAGUUGCUCUCUCCGAGUUGCUGAUAAUUUAAAACGUUUCAUAUGAAGUUAAUGCCAAGAUGUAUUCGCGUUCUAGCUUUGCACACUUUUAUUAUUGAAGGUUUAUAAUUUGAAGGUAAUGCUGAUAAGAAUAUAAAUCUGGCAUUAACUACACUCCAAUUUAUGUUAAUUGUCUUUGUUUUAAUUAUAAAUUUCCAUGGACGUUCAACGAAAGAGUGCUUGAAAUCAGUAGAAAGAAUGCAACCAGCAAUGUCAUAAGAUUUAUUAAGCAAUUAUUUCUAGCACCUCGUUGAACCGAUCAUUCUGAUUAUCGCUGUUAUCUUGUUCAAUUUUUCCUGGCAUGACCUAUAUUUGAUUCAAAUAUUUGAUUUCUUGCGAUAUGUUCAAAAA